AACGGUUGGUUGCUAAGGCUCCCUGUCUGUGGAGGUUACGUUACCAUCCUAUUGUGGCUCUUUGCGCUAAUGUGGGCGGACAGCUGAGCCAGAAAACAUCCAGUUCAUCAGAUCUGCAGCUGCUAACCCAAAUAACAGAUUCAAUUUAAACAAAGGCUGAUUUUUAUUCAUUAGAACUCAGAGAAAAGUGCCUACAUCCUUCCUUUCUACUUCUCUGGCUGUUGGGAAGGUCUUUUCUAUCAGCUGACUGGUGUGAAACACUGAAAUCAUGGAAGAGCUUCACGACGUGCAGCUGACAGAGAUCAAACCUCUGCUCACAGGACAGAAUAGGAGCAACCUGCAGGAUGUCAACUGCAAGGAACACGACGUGGAAACGGCACAUGGAGUGCUGCACGUCACCAUGAGGGGCGUCGUCAAGGGCAACCAACCCACAAUCCUCACCUACCACGACAUCGGGCUGAACCACAAGUCGUGCUUCAACACACUGUUCAACUUCGAGGACAUGCAGGAAGUGACGCAGCAUUUCUCUGUGCUGCAUGUUGACGCUCCUGGACAGCAGGACAAUGCUCCAAUCUUCCCCACUGGGUACCAGUACCCCACCAUGGAGGAGCUGGCUGAGAUGCUGCCACCUGUCCUCUCCAAGCUGCAGGUGAAGAGUGUGAUCGGUAUCGGGGUCGGAGCCGGAGCCUACGUCCUCACUAAGCUGGCUAUGGACAAGCCCAGCUUGGUGGAAGGUUUGAUUCUGAUCAACAUCGACUUGUGUGCCAAAGGCUGGGUGGAUUGGGCUGCCUCCAAGCUGAGCAGCUGGACCAGCAGCCUGGUGGACAACAUCAUGGGACACCACUUCACCUCUGAGGAGUUACUGGAGAACAAGGAGAUCAUUCAGACGUUGAGACUCCACAUCUCUCAGGACAUUCCUCAGGAGAACCUGGCCUUGUUCUUCAGCAGCUAUGAGAACCGUAUUGACCUGGACAUAGACCGACCCAUCCCUGGUCUCACCGGAAGCGACAUCGUCACGCUCAGGUGUCCUGUUCUGCUGGUGGUCGGAGACAUGUCUCCUGCUGUGGACGCCGUGGUGGAUUGUAACUCCAGACUGGAUCCCACCAUGACCACCCUGCUGAAGAUGGCGGACUGUGGGGGACUUCCUCAGGUGGUUCAGCCUGGGAGGCUAGCCGAGGCCAUCAAGUACUUCGUCCAGGGGAUGGGAUACAUGCCCGCGGCCGGUAUGACCCGUCUGGUCCGCUCCAGAAGCCGCGCCUCCAGUGCGUCCUCGAUGUGAGUCCGGCACUGCAGCACCACUGACGCCCACCAGGGGGCGCAGCUAAGGUCCAGACCAGCCAGCUGGCGGCCGGCCUUGCGAUUCUGGUUCUGCUCCUCCUCCAGUUGUCAGAGUUCUUCCUGAAGAGUCCAGUUCAGGCUGGAGAUCGGACCGGUGCGGGUCUGUUGUUCCCGCUGGGCACCAUGGUAACGCGUUUCUCUCUUCGUGGAGUUUAGGUGCCGUUGUUCUGUGGUUCUUGUUCUCUUGGAUCAGACAUUUUUCUCUCUUUCUU